AUGGAGAGAGUGCAGCACAUGACGCGCUCUGCAAUCCGCAGGGCGUCCAACAUCGAGAUCAACCCACAGACCAAGCGCAACCUCCAGGAGCUGUUUGUCAACUUCUCCCUCAUCCUCAUCUGCCUACUGCUCAUAUACAUUAUCGUGCUGCUCAUGUGACGCCGCGUUGUCAUGGUGACACGUGCGCUUCCAGGUCAAAUGAAAACAUCAAGGCAGGGCAUCGUUUGGAACGGAGGCAAAACAUGCAGCGAGUGUCUGUGUGUGUGUGAGAGCUUGGUGGGAAGGGAGGAGAGAGGGGGGUGGGGGGUUGUCUGACCUAGCAACAGAGAAUUUGAAGUUGAGAUUUUUUUUUUCAUCAGGGAUAGAGAACACUGAUAAUUCACCAUGAAAUUUGCUUCACUGAGAGAUAGUUAAUGAAAAAAUGCACAUUGUCUGAAAUAAAUGACGUGGGGUG